GGAGACACACCUACACAACGUACAUUAGAGAGAUUAACAGAGAAACAGCAAUGGUCAAGAGCAAGGUUCUUAUAGUUGGGGGCACAGGAUACCUGGGGAAAAGGCUUGUGAAAGCAAGCUUAGCCCAUGGUCAUGUCACCUAUGUCCUCCACCGGCCUGAGAUCGGCGUUGACAUAGAGAAGGUGCAAACCCUACUGUCAUUUAAGGAGCAAGGGGCUCACCUUGUUGAUGGAUCGUUUAAUGAUCAUCAAAGCCUUGUCAAUGCCGUAAAAUUAGUUGAUGUUGUCAUCUGCGCAAUCUCUGGUGUCCACAUUAGAAGCCAUCAUAUCCUCCAACAGCUCAAGCUUGUUGACGCAAUCAAACAGGCUGGAAACAUCAAGAGAUUUUUGCCGUCGGAGUUUGGAACAGACCCCUCGCGGAUGGCAAAUGCCAUGGAACCUGGAAGGGUGACAUUCGAUGAUAAGAUGGUUGUGAGGAAGGCGAUCAAAGAUGCCGGCAUUCCUUUCACUUAUGUUUCUGCAAACUGCUUCGCCGGAUACUUCCUUGGUGGUCUGUGUCAACUUGGUAGAAUUAUUCCUUCUAGGGACAGUGUUGUAAUAUUGGGAGAUGGAAACCAGAAAGCAAUUUAUGUGGACAAGGAUGACACUGCAGCAUACACCAUAAAAACCAUUGAAGACCCACGUACACUCAAUAAAACGCUUUACCUACGCCCACCACAAAACAUCUUGUCUCAGUUCGAGGUUGUCGGAAUAUGGGAGAAGCUCAUGGGAAAAGUUCUACACAAGUCUACCAUCUCCAAGGAAGAUUUCCUUGCUUCCAUGAAAGAGCAAAAUUAUGCCAAGGAAGUUAGAUUGACGCACUACUAUCAUGUUUGCUACGAGGGUUGCCUUACAAAUUUUGAAAUAGGAGAGGAUGGAGAGGAGGCUUCAAGGCUUUACCCCGAAGUCAACUACACAAGGGUGGACAAAUAUCUCAAACGCUACAUAUAAAAAUAGUUUCUUUAGCUACA